CCCCUCGGGGUCGCCCCCCUGGAGUCGCCCCCCAGGGGUCCCCUUGGGGUCGCGCGCGGUGCGCCAGCCACCCCCUUGGCCCUCGUCGUUAUCAGCGGCGGGUGCUAAACCUCGCGGUCGCGGGGGCAUUGCUCUGGCCGGCACGGACCUCCGCGCGCACGCACGCGUCCGCAGCCCCCUCCGGUCCGAGCGCCCUCCCCGCGCCCCCCUUUCCUUCCGUCCCCCGACCCCCCUCGCGACCACCCGCCCCGGUGGAGUCCAGUCUGGCCGCGAACGUCGGGCCGAGCGGACGGGAAACGGAAGCGCGGCCUCCGCCCCCGCAGCACCGCCCCCGCGCGCGACCCCACGUGACCCACCCUCCGCGGGUAGGGGCCCCGGCCCGCCGCGGCCGUGGGCAUGCCGCCAUGAGCAGCAGCGCGGUGCAGCGCGCGCACGGGGACGUGUUCGUCGGCAAGCCCAUGUCGCUCGUCGAGCAGAAGAGGAUACAAUGGGCCAAGGAGCGCGAGGAGAUGGUCGGGCUGUGCGGACUGUGGGGCUCCGACCACAGCCGGGCCGACCAGCAGCAGCGCACCGACCUGGCCCGAGUCGACCACAUCGGCGUGCCGGCCAGGCGCGCGCACGAUGCGUACGUGGAGGAGGCCAAGACCGUCGGCCUGCAGAACGGCCUGCACCAGGUGACGCUGCAGCGUAGACCCAGCCUGCCCCCCAUCCGCCGCCAGCCCUCGCAGAGUCAGGGAGACAGCACCCCCGAGGAGACCGGCCUGAACGGCGAGCAGACCAGGCUCAACUACUCGACGGUGUACACGACGGGGUACCACAACGGCUACCCAGCCGCCAGGUACCCGGUCGCCUGUCCCGCGGGCUACCCGGUCGCCUGCCCAGCGGGGGUCUACGUGGAGGAGACGAGCUCGGGGUACGCCAGCGACUCGGCGGCCGGCCAGGAGCAGGUGGUGUGGGAGGACGCCCCCAACCCACACAGGCACGUAGCGCUGGGCUGGCAGGAGCGGCCUGCGCCCGCCCCCCAGCCGCAGCACCCCGGGGUGCGGCGCUGCGAGAUGCGCGGCGGGUGGACGCAGCAGCCCGCCGAGCACCCGCCGCGGCCCACGGGCACUUCCGGCUCGGGCUCGGGCUCGGGCAGCAGCACGUCCUCCGCGUCCUGGGCCGACGACGCCGGCGCGGCGGCGGCGCGCGCCCGCUGGGGCGACAGGGGCGUGGGCGUCGGCCACCUCUGGGAGCCGUGCGAGGACGCCGACGUCGACGGCCCCAACAGGCUCCCGCCCGUCACGGCGCGGCCCGGGGCGCCCUCGUGGCUGCACAGGGGACUGCGCAGCAUUGACGGCAACCGCGACAGUGAAGUGACGUCGCAAGUCCUGGUCGUUUCGCACCCCGACUCGCCAGGCGAGCAGGGGUCCCCGCCCAGCACCGCCGACCCCGACGACAACGCAUGCAGGUCCUUUCUGCGCGGCCAGAACGUGCCCGUGGAGGCCGACAUCCUGGAGGAGCGGCAGAAGCGGCGCGCCAAGGCGCUGGAGCACCAGUCGGCCAUCCGCAAGCAGCUGGAGGAGCGCGACCGGCGGCGCAAGGAGGAGCGGGACCGGCGCCUGCGCGAGGAGCGGCUGGAGGAGGAGCGGCUGCGGCGGGAGCAGGACGAGCAGCGGCGCCGCCUGGAGCAGGAGCAGCGCCGGCAGCGAGAGAAGGAGGAGCAGGAGCAGCGGCGCGCGGCCGCCAUGCUGGAGGCGCUGCAGGAGGCCGAGCGGCUGGCGCGCGAGCAGAAGAGCAAGCAGAGCCGGAAGCACGUCGCCGAGACCGCCAGGCAGCCCGCCGGCGGCGACAGUCCCAGGGCGUCGCCGAGGGACUCGCCGCGACCGUCACCGCGGGCGUCCCCGCGCAAGACGCCGCGCUCGUCGCCGCGCUCUCCACCGCAUUCAUCACGGCGCUCUCCAACUCGGUCGCCGCCGCGCUCGUCGCAGCACUCUCCACCUCGGUCUCCACCGCGCUUGUCGCAGCGCUCUCCACCUCGGUCUCCGCCGCGCUCGUCACCGCGCUCGCCGCCACGCUCGCCACCUCGAUCCUCACCGCGCACGGUCCAACACUCACCGCCGGCCACGGCCACGCGAACGGCGGUCGCUCACGUCGAGAAUCGCCCCCAAAAGGACGCGAGGCAGAAACAUCAUCAACCCUCGAGCGCAGAGUCGUCUAAAGUGAGCAGGUUGGACUCGACCGGCAUGUCGAGCUCCAGCUCGGCCAGGCAGGGCAGGGCUCACGACAACGUCGACGGCCGAGAGCACGCCGCCCUUGUCCAGGACGGUGCCGCGGAACUGGCCGAGAGGCUGGGCUCGCUGCACGUCGCCGAGUCAGCAGUAGUGUCCCAGGACGGUGAGCGCAACAGGCACGCCGAUGAGACGCCCCUACUCUUCAGCGCCGGCCGCGAGCCGCCCGUCGAGGAAGCAGACGUCGCCCUCGAGUACCAGCACGAGCCAGCCCCGGCGGCACCCUUGCCCUCGACGGGGGUUCUCGGGGAACACACAACCGGCUGGUUCCCAGUCCUGGAAUUCCUGCAGCCGGCCGGCAUUCCUCAGGAGUUAGGACCGUCUGUUGUCGGCGGCCCACCCCACGGCCUCGCCCUCGUCCUGCCCGCCGGUGCGCUGGGACCCAGGGAGCACACGCCGGGGCACGCCGGCUCUCCCGCGCUCGUGUCGACCAUGUACCCCGGCCACGCGGCCGGACGCGUGCUCACGGCGCCGCAGAUGGCGAUGCUGAUGUCGCAGUUGCCCGCGGCCGCCACCGGCGGGGAGCCCUGCGCCCCGGGUGCGGCGCGGCUGCUCACCCCGACCAAGUUCCGGCGCCGCCUGCGCGAGGUGGCCACCCAGACGUCGGCGGGGCUGCGGCGGCGCGGCGGUAACGGCGGCGGCACCGGCUCCGGGUCGGGGCGUCGCGCGGUCCGCGGCCACCCGCCGCUCGGCGAGCGGCCCAAGUGGGGCGUCAACCGGCCGGGCACCAUGUACCGCACGCAGAGCGAGAAGGACCCCAACUACCACCAGCAGCGCCUGCAGCGGCUGCAGCGGCUCCACCACCGCAUGCUGCGCCAGCUGCGCGCCGGCGGCAGCGGCACCACCAACAGCUGCGCCAGCGGCGGCCCCGCGGGCGUGGACAGCAGGUCGCCGUCGUCCUCCCCGCGAGGCAGCCCCGGCUCUACAGACGGCGCCGGCGACGUGCUGUCCAGGACUUACCGCAUCUGCCGCGGCGACCACCACCGGGACUCGGCGGCCUCCACGGCGACCCGCCGGCAUCCUGACGCCGCGCCGCGCACGGGUCUCCGCCACGGCCUCCACGACCACCUGAGCCGCCUGUCCACCGCGUCGACCGCGGGGACAAGCGUGGACAGCCCCAGAUCUUUCCAGCGGGUGGCGGCGGGAUCGCGCCCAGGUCGCUAUUCUGUCCGAGAGGACAGCGGCGGCAGCACGGGGGACAGCGGUGGUAGCAGGGACAGCGGGGCGGGUGGCAGCUCCCCGAGAGAGGGCGGCCCGGAACCCGGAGAGGACUCUCCAGAGGAGGAUGAGCUCCUGGCCACCUUGUCAAGUCUCCGACAGGGCCUCCUGCUGCGACGAGAGCAGAUGGGGCAGCUGGAGAUGGGGACCGCGUCGCCUUCCUGAGACUCGGACGGAGAUGCUGCAUGUCUUGUUCGCACUCCGAGCGCGACGACGACGCCGGACGCCGUGGCGCCUGACUGGGCGUGAUUUGUCUCCCUUUCCUCGGGCCCCGCCCGCGCCCUCUAACACCGUCUUCGCGUGAGACUCGGCAGUACUUGUUCUCGCGCUCGUACUACUUACAAACCGAAUGACAAGGCUGCUGGCCAAUGUCUCUAGUUUCCUCGCUCCGAUUAGCCUGAUGUGAGGCCGUUCCAGCCGUGCAGCUCUGCUUCCGACAAUGUUAUCCACGCUGCUUCCUCGGCACCAACAACAACGCGGAUCUGCUCUACAGUGGCCGAUGUCAAAUCUGGCCUCUUUUGCUUGGGCCCUGAUGUGUUUCUGUUUUUUGUUACAAUAAAGUUUUUACUCUCUCCGA